UUGUGUGAAAACUUGCUAUUCUAAUAAUGGGUACCCUGCGAAUAGGAUUAUUCAAGCGUGGAAUGACGUUAUAAAUUCUAAGAGACAUUUUUUAUCAAAUUCGAGAAUAAAAAAUGAAUUGAAGUUUUAAAUCACAUGUGACGAUUAUGACUAUCAAAAAUAAUCCAAUCACAGGCCCAGAUUUUUAGAUUGAAAAAAAUCCGGCGUAAACGGGUAGUCUAGAGGUAGUGGGCAGUAGAAAUAACAAUUAUACAAACGUAUUCUAAAUUUUCUUUAAAAUGGAUACAACUAAUUCACAAGGAAUCGUAACUGUGCCUCCAAGUCUUUCUUACUUCUGCGUUUAUAACCCUUCUUUUGGAGAUACGGACGAUUCACAAAGUGAUCAAUUACUCUAUUACACUUCUAAAAAAACAGUGCCAAUGGACGUUAAGAUACGCCAAGUUGGUCUUGCACAGGGUUUAGUAAACUUUACAAGAGUAUUCUCGCCCUCAAAACCUUGCGAAAACGUUCAUACACAAAAAAAUCGCCUUGCGUUUUACGAACCUGAACCUGAUUAUUGGAUACAUAUUUCUAUCGAAUUAGGUCAUGUAAAAAAAGUAAUUAAAGAUAAAGAAGGAAAGCCAAAAACUACUAUUGACUAUCUUGAUUCAAAUUUGCAUGAUUCAGGAGUAAAGAGAAUGCUUGAAUUAGGAUAUGAAAUGUAUAGAAUUUUUAAUGGACCAUUCGAAUAUACAGUGAGAACUGAUGGAAUCAAAGCUUUGAAAAAUAAAUUAGAAGAAUUUUUUGCAAAUUGGGUUUUUGAAUGGGAUUUUGAAAAGACGGAAUUAACUAAAACGGUUGAUGGUAUUCUAUAUAUGCCAUUAUCUGACUCUGCUGAGUCACAAAUUACGUCAUUUGUUAAUCAAAUUCAAUCGGAUUAUGAAUUUAUUUCAGACAUGUUUGUAAUUUGGCAGAAUAAGUUAGUUUAUCGUGGAAAUGGAGCAAUCCCAGUAAAUAAUGUUAGAGGAAUAUGGCGACAUUUAGUUAGUUACAUAGCAGAAAGAGAUGAACAUGACCGAGAAAUUGAAAAUAAGAGAAAGAACAAAGAAGCUGAAAAAGUAUCAACAUUUAUGGGUUUCACAAGAAAUAUCUCUGGAAGUAAUCUUUUAUCAUAUUUUUCAACUACGCCGAAAGUUUCACCUAGCACAUCCCCUACAAACUCAACUUCUCACAACCCCUCUACUGCACCUCUUGAAACAAAUGGUCUUCUAUCUCCUUCGACACAAGUAUUCAUCCCGGGACCUUCAAAUUUUUUGUUGGGGCCAACCAAUUUGCACGGCCCUGACGGAGACAUACAUCCCGUAAAGGUAUAUUUGUCGAAAAAUUCAAAUAGUAGUAAUAUUAGGACAGUUGAUCAUCGACAUGAUGUGGAUGAAAGUGAUAUUGAAGAAUAUUAUCUUGUUGCUUAUAAGCAAAAUGCUCUUACGCUAGUUUUCUUUAUACCGCUCAACUCAUUAGAAGGUUCUGCAAAAGUACAAGAAAUGGUUUUUUAUAGAUCUUUUCAUAAUUAUUUGACUUCACAGUCGGAAGAAAUUAUAAAGAUUCUGAAUGAAAAUCAUGAAAAGUCAAAAAAACUUGGGAGGACAGAUAUAGAUAAGGAAUAUCGAUAUUUAUUUUUCAAUAAGAUGACAUUAGCUGUUAAAUCAUCUCUAUAUCCUUUCUCUUCCAAUGGAUCUCUAACCUCUUCAUCAAGGGGUCUAACAAUUACAAGCGAAAUGGCUCAUGCAUUAUGUGAAUUGCAUGAGGACCUCGAAAAGUACCCACAGCUGACGGAAAUAUAUACUCGUUCUUCAACUAAUUUUUGGAUAGUUGGGAAAAGGUCAGAAGGACGAGUAUUAUAUAUUGUUGUUCCUAAAAAAGAAGCAUCAUUGGCGGAGGUUGAAGAUGACGUAAGAAGAAUAACAGCAAUAUAUUUUUCUGGAGAUAAUAUCUAUUAAAGAAUUUAUUACACAUUAUUCUGUAAAUUAUGAUUAAUAAUUAUUAUCUUUUAUUAUUUAUAUUUAUUUUUAAUUAUAUUAGCCAAAUUAUUUCCUGUAAUAAUAAUAACACCACUAUAUUAUGUCAAAUUAAUAGCAGCUUAUGGGAUCAUGUUAAUACCAAUAUUUAUAAGUUGGUGGUUGGUUUAGCAUAUAUGAAGCAAAUAUCUCAUCGCUUUAGCACUUAAGUUGAAAAUCAAAUUGAAUGUUAAAUCUAAAGACGAACUUUCAACUUUAGUGGUGAAUCCUAGACAUUAACUUCAUUUAAAUAAUAAUUGGCUGCUUUCUUUAGUAAUGCUUGAUAUUUUUUAUUUAGAUUUAGAAUAAAUGACUAUAAAGAAUAAAGAUCAAUGGUAAGCAGAGUACACUAAUAUUUAACAGAUAUAAUAGG